AUGGACCGAGCAGCGACAUCUGACGCGCGCGCGCGAAGCAGCCUCUCUAAGGCCCAAGAGCACCUAAGGAACGGUGACGUGAAGGAAGCCAUCGACGCCCUCUCGUCGCAUCUGCGCUUCAACCAGGUGACUCCAAUCGGAUUUGAGUGUCUCGAGCUGUUGGCUGAUCUCUGCCUUACACACGAGAAGCUGGAGCCGGUGAAGCUGAUCGAGGUGCUUCGCCGGUGCCGCAGCGGCCUUCGUGGGUCGCAGCAUGUGGAGGAGAGCGUACAGCGCAUUGUAGACUCGGUCAUGAUUCGCAUCCGACAGAUGUGCGCGAGGGCAAAGGAGCGCGCAGAGGCGAUGCAGAGCACUGCCAGUGAGGGGGACCAGAUGCUGGCUGCGUUGAGCGGCGUCUCCCUCGCCGCGCUCGCCGAGAAGCGCCACAUCAUUCCCUGUCACGCCGCGCUGCGCCGCCUGAUUCGCCACUUCUGCGGCAACAACACCAUUGGCUUUGCCAAGAAGCUGACGUUCAUUUACAACAAGACUGUUCGCCAGUUCCUGUCCAUGUGCAAGGAAUUCAACACACCUGCGUGCGUGCUGGAUAUCUCCACCGCUGUGUCUCGUGCUGUGUCUCACAUGGCGCUGGACCACCUGCAUGACCAUGACGACGCGGCGUCGCGCAACGCCGUGCAGGAGUUGCUGAAGGAGCGUACAGCCUUCCUCACGUCAACGGCAGCGGUGACCGAGACAGUGGAGACGCUGUGCUGCUUGCUCAACGAUAUCUGCAGUCUGCGUCAGUAUGGCGGAGCUUUUGACGUCCUCUCCUGCCUGAAGCGCGUCUGCGACAAGGUGCAACGCAACGAGGAGCUUAUCGACGUAGUUUCCGGGGCCUACGAAACGAUGAGCGAUAUCUUCUGGACGUGCUCCGUGUACAACUAUCAUGCCUACUGUCUCUCUAUUGCUGCAUCGAUGAAGCGUCAGGAGAAGCGGGGCCCUCUCGCCGCUCGCGCCGUCCUUGCGUCGCUGUGCGUGUCAGAGGGUGACAUGGAGCUCGACCCGUUUGGUCGCUACCGUGAGAAGAGUGCCCGUAUCGACGAGCUGUUUGAGUCCCCGGUCACGACCAAAACGAGCCUCAUCGCGAACCUCAAGACAAAGGGCGUGUACACGCUUGCAUCGCCAGAAAUUGUAAAGAUCGCGGCGAGCCUUGAGGACCCCAACUUCUCUGACUUCACGUGCCUGCACAAAAGCGUAACAGCGCUGGCGGCAGCCAACAGCGACCUUGCCCGCUACGGCAACGAGCUGCACAAAAUGAUCCUGCGCUAUCAGCUAGAGAUUCUCUCUGGCAGCUGCAACUAUGUCGAGGUGCUCUCUCUCGCGGCGUACAACGGAAACCUGACGGCGGUCGAGUACGUGAACAACAUUGAGCCCGUCAUUCUCGGUGACGAGUCUGUUUCCGUAGACAUUGACACACGCACCAACACGCUGUCCUUCCGCGACUCGUCAAAGGCGAAGAUGUUAAGCUACUUCAACAAGAUCGUCGCAAACGUGGACACCGUUCCCGCCUCCUCCGUGGCGACGACAUCCGGGCGCUACUCUGACUUCACCCACGUUGCCGCUUCCUCGUCAAAGAGGCAGGUGGUGCCCUCCACCACAGAUCUGGAGGUGGCUCGUGCGCGGAGCACCAGCAUCUACGCGCUGCAAAAGGCUUGUAUGAACUCCAAGGCAGAGCGCAUCGAUGAGGCGAAGAAGAGCGAGGACAAGAAGCGUGAGCGUGCCGUUGCAGAGCGUCGCGAGCAGGAGGAGGCGAAGAAGGAGGAGAUGCGCAAGGCCUACCUCCGCAAGCUGUACUCUGAGUAUACGGAACGCCAGCGACAAGAGCGCGGUAAAGACGUACUCCGCAAGCUGCGCAUCAAGUACCCAGGAUUCAAGGUCGACGAGUCCAUUGUCUACCGCAGCGCCGCAGGCUUUGAGGAUGAGCUCACUCGCCUGCUCGCGGCCUACAAGCGCCGAGGUGUCGACAACGACCAUAAGGAGAUCCUCCAGGCAAACUUGUACGAGCGUGCUCUCCGCGUGAUGGAGAUUCCAAAGCGCAAGGAGUACGAUGCCCAGAACUCAGAGCGUACACGCGCCGAGCGUGUUGCUGCACGUGAAAACUACCUCGCUGAGCACCGUCGCGAGUACGACCGCCGGCAGAGCGAGAAAGCGGUGCUUGCCAAGUUCCUUCGCGACGCCGAAGAGUUCGAGCACACGUGGCGGAAGCGUGCCAACAUCGAUAAGCCGUCGAAGCGCGACGAACAGCAGCGUCUUCUCGAGGAGGAAAUGCGCCGUCUCGGGGCCGAAUGA